CCCCGAUCUAGCAAAAUCUGUUGACCAAUCAGAAAUAGCCAAGUUGAGUGAACUCGGACUUAACUUGUGAAUAUCUGAUUGGACAAAUUGUGGAUCGUGUUGUAAAUUCAUUGGUGUAUUUCGAUAUAAGGGAAUUCCCUCUAAGCAAGGCAGAGCGCCGUGCAGACAACCAUUUUCCCGUGUUUUGACAUUUUGAAAGAGUCCUAUCCGCCACCAUAAACAAGUUACGAAGUGUUAAGAAGAAUGAGGUGGAAGACCUUCUACUUCGGACUACUAUGCGCUUUUUUACUGUCCGGUCUCUGCCAUGCAGCUGAUGAAGAGGGUGACGUGAAGGUUGAAGAUGAUGUUGGCAAGAGUCGAGAUGGUUCUAAAACAGACGACGAAGUGGUCCAAAGGGAGGAGGAAGCUAUCAAGUUAGAUGGACUGAAUGUUGCUCAAAUGAAAGAACUGCGUGAUAAGGCCGAGAAACAUGUAUUCCAGGCGGAAGUCAACCGCAUGAUGAAACUCAUCAUCAACUCCCUAUACAAAAACAAAGAGAUUUUCCUGAGAGAGUUGAUCUCCAAUGCUUCUGAUGCCUUGGAUAAGAUCCGUUUCCUAUCUCUAACAGAUAAGUCGGCCUUAUCUGCGACAGAGGAGCUCAGCAUCAAGAUCAAGGCAGAUAAAGAGAACCAUGUCCUACAUGUUACAGACACAGGAAUCGGUAUGACACGUGAUGAUCUUGUCAAAAAUCUCGGUACAAUCGCGAGAUCGGGUACUAGCGAGUUCCUGACCAAACUCAGUGAAGCUCAGUCUCAAACCGAAUCAUCUGACCUCAUCGGACAGUUCGGAGUUGGUUUCUAUUCAUCUUUCCUGAUUGCUGAUCGAGUGAUUGUGACGUCGAAGAACAAUGAUGAUGAACAGUACGUCUGGGAAUCGGACUCGGAAAGCUUUGCUGUGGCUAAGGAUCCCCGUGGCAACACUCUAGGCAGAGGAACAACAAUUAGUCUUCACAUGAAGGAGGAAGCCCAUGAAUUCUUGGAGGAAAACUCUCUGAAGGAUCUGGUCAAGAAAUACUCUCAGUUCAUCAACUUUCCCAUCUACAUCUGGGCUAGCAAGACUGAAGAGGUUGAGGAACCAAUUGAGGAAGAGGAGGAGAAGAAAGAGGAGGCCACCAAGGAAGAUGAGAAAGAUGAGGAUGAGGAAGGGAAGGUUGAGGAGGAGAAAGAAGAGGACAAACCCAAGACCAAGAAAGUCUCCAAGACUGUGUGGGACUGGGAACUGAUGAACAGCAUCAAACCCAUCUGGACCAGAAAAACUGACGAUGUGACUGAUGAAGAAUACAAUGAGUUCUUCAAGUCCAUAAGUAAGGAGAGUGACGAGCCCCUGGCCAAGACCCACUUCACAGCUGAGGGAGAGGUCACCUUCAAGUCCAUCCUCUACGUCCCCAAAUCAUCUCCCCAUGACAUGUUCUCCAGUUAUGGCAAGAAGAUGGACUCCAUCAAGAUGUAUGUCCGAAGAGUAUUCAUCACAGAUGAUUUUGAAGACAUGAUGCCAAAAUACCUCAGCUUUGUCAAAGGAGUUGUUGACUCUGAUGAUCUGCCCUUGAACGUCUCUCGUGAGACCCUCCAACAGCACAAGCUUCUUAAGGUCAUCAAGAAAAAACUUGUCAGAAAGACAUUGGACAUGAUUAAGAAGAUCGGCAAAGAUGAUUACGAGAAAUUCUGGAAGGAAUUCAGCACUAACAUUAAACUUGGAGUUAUGGAAGACCAGUCCAACAGAACUCGUCUUGCCAAGCUUCUGAGAUUCUACUCCUCCAACUCUGACACGGAACAAACCAGUCUGCCGGACUACAUUGAGAGGAUGAAGGAGAAGCAGGAGGCCAUUUACUUUGUUGCUGGAACCAGCAGAAGUGAGGUUGAGAAAUCUCCUUUUGUGGAACGUCUGCUGAAGAAGGGAUAUGAAGUUCUGUACCUUGUUGAGCCUGUUGAUGAAUACUGCAUCCAGUCUCUCCCAGAAUUCGAUGGCAAGAAAUUCCAGAAUGUUGCCAAGGAAGGCCUGAAACUUGACGACUCCGAGAAAGGCAAGGAAAAGAAGGAAGCCCUGGAGAAGGAAUAUGAACCACUGACCAAAUGGCUGCAGGAACUUGAUACUCUGAAAGAGAAGAUUAACAAAGCUUCUGUGUCUGACCGAUUGACCACAUCUCCUUGCGCCCUGGUGGCCAGCACCUAUGGUUGGUCUGGUAACAUGGAGAGAAUCAUGAGAUCUCAGGCCUACGCUAAACAGCAAGACCCUUCACAACAAUUUUAUUCCACUCAAAAGAAAACACUUGAAAUCAAUCCCAGACACCCCUUGAUCAAAGAACUGAAAUCGAAAGUUGAAGCCAAUGCUGAUGACCAGCUUGCCAAGGAUCUGGCUAUGGUAAUGUUUGAGACGGCCACCCUCAGGUCUGGCUAUGCUCUCCCCGACUCUGCAGGGUUUGCUGAGAGAGUGGAACACAUGCUGAGAGAAGCCAUGAACAUUCCCCAAGAUGCUAAAAUUGAGGAAGAACCAGAGGAGGAAGAAGCAGUGGAAGAAGAUAAGGCUGAGGAAGUGGGUGAUGAUGAAGACAAUGCCACAGAUGAAGAUGCCACAUCAUCUGAAGAUAAGUUUUCGUGUGGAUCAAAUUGUCAUCCCAGGAGAAAAUUACUUUGGUUUGGGGAGGACGAAAAUAAAGACACAGAUGGGGAUGGAAUUCCCGAUCACCUUGAUAAAGACGACGAUAACGAUGGUAUUCCGGAUGACAAAGAUAAUGACGACGAUGGCGAUGGGAUUAGUGAUGAUAAAGAAUAUUGUGACAAGGACGGUUGUAAAAAUGUGAAAGAUUCUGAUGGAGAUGGGAUCCCAGAUCAUCUUGAUAAUGACGAUGAUGGCGAUGGAAUUCAAGAUGACAAGGAAAAAGACUCUGACGGUGACGGAAUUCCAGAUUAUCUGGACAAAGAUGAUGAUGGUGAUGGGAUUGAAGAUGAUAAAGAGAAAGACACCGAUGGUGAUGGUAUUCCUGACUAUUUGGAUGAUGAUGAUGACAAUGACGGAAUUCCAGAUUCUCAAGAUAAUGAUGACAAUGGAAAUGGAAUACCUGAUCAUCUUGAAGUUGACAGUGAUGGAGACGGAAUCCCUGAUUAUUUGGACGAUGAUGACGACAAUGACGGUAUUCCUGAUAGUUUGGAUAAGGACGAUGACGGUGAUGGUGUUCCAGAUGAUAAAGAAAAAGACACUGAUGGAGACGGAAUUCCAGAUUAUUUAGAUGAUGAUGAUGAUAAUGAUGGUAUAUUAGAUGUUGAUGAUGAUGAUGCUGAUGGUGAUGGCAUCCCUGACAAACUCGAAGUGGAUACAGAUGGUGAUGGUAUUCCAGACUAUCUUGACGACGAUGAUGAUGGUGAUGGAAUUCCUGAUUCUAGAGAUAAUGAUGAUGAUGGCGAUGGAAUACCAGAUGAUAAAGAAAAGGACACUGAUGGGGAUGGAAUUCCGGAUUAUUUAGAUGAUGACGAUGAUGGCGAUGGUAUUCCAGACAGUGAGGAUAAGGAUGACGAUGGUGAUGGAAUUCCUGACGACAGAGAAAAGGACACAGAUGGGGAUGGGAUUCCGGAUUAUCUAGACGAUGAUGACGAUGGCGAUGGAAUUCCUGAUUCUAAGGAUAAUGAUGAUGAUGGCGAUGGAAUACCAGAUGAUAAAGAAAAGGACACAGAUGGGGAUGGAAUUCCGGAUUAUUUAGAUGAUGACGAUGAUGGGGAUGGUAUUCCAGACAGUGAGGAUAAGGAUGACGAUGGUGAUGGAAUUCCUGACGACAGAGAAAAGGACACAGAUGGGGAUGGGAUUCCGGAUUAUCUAGACGAUGAUGACGAUGGCGAUGGAAUUCCUGAUUCUAAGGAUAAUGAUGAUGAUGGCGAUGGAAUACCAGAUGAUAAAGAAAAGGACACAGAUGGGGAUGGAAUUCCGGAUUAUUUAGAUGAUGACGAUGAUGGGGAUGGUAUCCCAGACAGUGAGGAUAAGGAUGACGAUGGUGAUGGAAUUCCUGAUGAUAAGGAAAGGGAUUCUGAUGGAGACGGUAUUCCAGAUUACCUAGAUGAUGACGAUGACGGCGAUGGGAUCCCUGAUCAUCUUGAUAAAGAUGACGACGGUGACGGAAUUCCUGAUGAUAAAGAAGAUUCAGAUGGAGAUGGCAUACCAGAUCAUCUCGAUAACGACGAUGAUGGGGAUGGAAUUCCAGAUGACAAGGAAAAGGACACUGACGGAGACGGAAUUCCAGAUUAUCUCGAUGAUGACGACGAUGGCGAUGGAAUUCCUGAUGUCAAAGAUAAUGAUGAUGAUGGUGAUGGAAUACCAGACAAUAAAGAAGAUUCUGAUGGUGACGGCAUUCCUGAUGCCUUGGACAAUGAUGACGAUGGCGACGGAAUUCCUGAUGAUAAAGAAAAGGAUACAGAUGGUGAUGGAAUACCAGAUUAUCUUGAUGAUGAUGACGAUAAUGAUGGUAUUCCAGAUUCUGAAGAUGAAGAUGCUGAUGGAAACGGUAUACCUGAUUACAAAGAAAAAGACACGGAUGGUGAUGGUAUUCCUGAUUAUUUAGAUGAUGAUGAUGACAAUGAUGGCAUUCCUGAUCAUCUUGAUAAUGAUGAUGAUGGCGACGGAAUCCCAGAUGAUAAAGAAAAAGAUACAGAUGGUGAUGGGAUUCCAGAUUAUCUUGAUGAUGAUGACGAUAAUGAUGGUAUACCGGAUGCUAAGGAUAAUGAUGACGAUGGUGAUGGAAUUCCGGACAAUCAAGAGGAUUCGGAUGGAGAUGGAAUACCAGACAGUCUGGAUCAAGACGAUGAUGGCGACGGAAUUCCAGAUGACAAAGAGAAGGAUUCCGAUGGUGAUGGUAUACCAGAUUAUUUGGAUGAUGAUGACGACAAUGAUGGUAUACCAGAUUCUAAAGACGAAGAUGCUGAUGGAAACGGCAUUCCCGAUAAGAUGGAGAAAGAUACUGAUGGCGAUGGGAUUCCAGACUAUCUAGAUGACGAUGAUGACAAUGAUGGGAUUCCAGAUGAUCAGGAUGAUGAUGAUGAUGGCGAUGGUAUUCCAGAUAGUCAAGAGGAUGCCGAUGGUGAUGGGAUUCCAGACAACGUUGACUCAGAUGCCGAUGGCGACGGAGUUCCAGAUAAACUUCCUGAUUCUGAUGGAGACGGAAUUCCUGAUAAAUUUGAUAAUGAUGAUGAUGGCGAUGGGAUUCCUGACAGUAAGGAAAAAGACACCGACGGCGAUGGAAUUCCUGACUAUCUAGAUGAUGAUGAUGAUGGGGAUGGUAUUCCAGAUGACAAAGAUAAUGAUGAUGAUGGGGACGGAAUUCCAGACAGCAAAGAAGAUUCAGAUGGAGACGGCAUUCCUGAUCACUUGGAUAACGAUGACGAUGGCGAUGGAAUUCCAGAUGAUAAAGAAAAGGAUACAGAUGGGGAUGGUAUUCCAGACUAUCUUGAUGACGAUGACGAUGGUGAUGGAAUUCCCGAUGCUCAGGACAAGGAUGAUGAUGGCGAUGGAAUUCCAGAUGAUAAAGAAAAAGAUACAGACGGGGAUGGUAUUCCAGAUUAUUUGGACAAUGAUGAUGAUGGAGAUGGAAUUCCCGAUGAUGAAGACAAGGACGAUGAUGGGGAUGGUGUUCCUGAUGACAAGGAAAAAGAUUCUGACGGUGAUGGAAUUCCUGAUUAUUUAGAUGAUGACGAUGAUAAUGAUGGAAUUCCAGAUAAUUUAGACAAAGAUGAUGACAACGAUGGAAUCGCAGAUGACAGAGAAUUGGAUACAGACGGGGAUGGAAUCCCAGAUUAUUUGGAUGACGAUGAUGAUAAUGAUGGAAUUCCCGAUAGUCAAGAUUCUGAUGCUAAUGGGAAUGGCAUUCCAGAUUUUAUGGAGAAGGACACGGAUGGUGAUGGUAUUCCUGAUUACUUGGAUGAUGACGACGAUAACGACGGUAUUCCAGAUGAUGAGGAUGAUGACGAUGAUGGUGACGGUAUUCCGGACGAUGAAGAAGACGCCGACGGUGAUGGCAUCCCAGACUACCUGGACACAGACAGCGAUGGUGAUGGUAUUCCUGACAAACUUCCAGAUUUGGAUGGGGAUGGAAUUCCAGAUAAAUUUGAUAAGGAUGAUGAUGGUGAUGGUAUUCCUGAUGUUCGAGAAGGCAAGCGAAUUAAUCCUUCCAAAAUUUCUAAAUCUAAAGAUGAUAAUGUUAAAUCCAAGACUAAAAGUGAUGAUGACGAUGAUGAUGACGAUGACGAAAACGAUAGUCAGCAAUCUUUAUUUUCUAGAAUUGUGACUGCUGUAAAAGAUAUGGUUUUCUCAAGUGACGAUUCAUCAGAGGAUAAGUCCAAAACACUUAAGAAAAACCCAAAUCCGGCACGAAUUAAGAACAAAGAAAAGCAACUGAAAGGACAUAAAGAAGAAAUUGAUCUCGUAGACUUGGUGAAAAGUGCUUUCUCUAAUAAUGAAGACGAUAAAGAUAGUCCAAAAGACAAAAGUAAGGAUAGGAAAUCGGCUUAAAGAGAAUGUUCCUCAGGAAUGUUUUUAUUGUAAUUCAUAUAUUUCAUGUAUUUUAGAGUAAGGUCUGUUUCCAGAUUCAUGACAGGAAUCCUUUUACGAUAAUCAUACUAUCAAAUUAGUUGCUCUUGUGAACAAAUAUCAAAUGUAGAAAAACAAUAUAUUUUUCUUUACUGAUUUACGUACAAUCUAGGUUUUGAAUAUUGAUUAUUCAGAAUGUAUACGGAAUAUCCAUCAAAGUAACCAUUUUCUUAAUAUAAUUUGUAGGCUUUUUCUAAUUUUUCUUUAAAUCAUGAGUAUGUAAUAUAUGUUUCAGAACAUCAAUUAACAGAACAAAGUAUAGCUUCAUUAAACAUUCCUCCUUUUGCAGACAAAACAGGUGUUUUUAAAAGGCACAAUAGUUUCCUUAGUCUAUGACAAAAAUAACGAUGUUGCUUAUACAUGUACCCUCGAAACCAUGAAUUAUUUUUAUUUUGUUAAAUAUAACGCUUACUUGGGCAUUUGUGUUAGUAUUACGUUUCAAUGUUGUGUAGUUUUCCUUACUUUUAACUACGGGUCUAGUAUCCUGUAGAAAGGGAAGUUUUCACGCUGUUUUAUGUUUACCCAUACACAUCGGAUAAUGGUUUCGCCCCAUUUUGAAUUCACCCUGAGCUAUAAUUUGCGAAAUGGACGAAAAUAAAACCGGAGCGAAAAAUACCUUGUAUACAAUAUGAUAAAUCGUGUUUGUUGUAUAUAUAGAUUUUAAACCUUAUUUGUGAAUUUCAUUUCUUACGAUGUAUAAUCCAUUUGUUAGGUUUUUUUCCACAUGUGUAUGGAGGUGCAGAUUAUUACUUAUUUUUAAAGAUAAUUCUGUUUAUUUAUUAUGUAGUAUUUUUCUCUUGGAAACAGAUAUAUUAAGAUAGUAUCUGUAAUAACAUAGACAUCUUUGAUUGACAUGCAAAUCUAUAAUUCCAACCUGACACUUUCUCUCGAUGGGAUGUAUUUGUCAAACUUAUAUUUAAGUUCUUAACACUCAAUAUCGUUGACUACGAGUUUUGAAAUGGUAAAAUACACGACACUUGUCUGAUUUGUAAAUGGUGUAAUCAUUACAUUGAAUAGAAGACAAAAAAAAUUCUUAAUCAGUCAAACAAAAUGUCUUGUAUAUGCGCAGCAUUGUGAAAAAAAUAAUCGAAAAAAUAAACCAAUAGCAGUUAAGACAUCUGGAAACGUAAACAUAGAAUUGCAAUACUAUUACAAAAAUCUUCAAUCUGUGCGUCGAUUGUCAGAAUAUGUUGUUGGGGUUAUUUAUAGUGAACUUGGCGUGUUUGCAUUUGUAACAUGUACUAUAAAUCAACCAAAAUGUUUUAUUUUAUUUAUUUGGGGGUUGGGGUAUCUCGUGUACCCUUGAUUGGUAUUUAAUCUGUGCAUUUGUUAGCGUUUCCCUCGCCAUCAAUACUGUAAAUUUUAUCUAACUUCGGAUAUCUGUUAUCAAUAGAGAUCCUUCACAUAUCCGGUUUCUUUUAUUAUUCCGAAACCGUUCACCCACGGUUUGAACUCCCGAGCAACCUGUGUGUGACAUUUCAUUAUCAAAUUACAAACAGUCUUCUAAACGAGGUAAAAACUCCUAUAAUGUCUAGUGAAUCGAAUACAUGUACAUACAGGAAAUUAGAUACACUGCUCUUUGGUGGAAUUAUUUCAUACUUUUGGUAUCCUGGAGUUUUAUCAAAGAACAAAACCGCGAAAAUAUUGAGAAAAUAGGCAAUUUAUACUGUUACCGUACUUCGGCAUAAUAUUUCAACCAAAGACAAGGUGUCUGAGUAUUUCUAAGUUUAUGUGACCCAUUUUCGCAAGUUAAGACUUUGUGAUCCACCACAUUUCUCGGGGAAUUCGAAGAAACAAUGACCGAUGAUAUUGCAAUAGGGACAUAUUUAAAACCUAGUUGUUUAUCUACAUGACUGGGUGUGGAUGCUAUUCGUAUUCAUUAUUGCUUUGGCGGGAUAGAAAUAUCAAUUACUGUGUUAUUAUCAAACAGUGAUAUUUAUGAUAUGAAGACUUUGUAAUUAAUAAAAGGACAUUUUCAUAAUCAUUUUUUAUUAAUAUUUAUGUUUAUAUACAACUAUUAUUAUAGAUAUAUUAAAAUAGAAUUUACCAUUUACUUGUAUAUAUAUUCAAAAAUGUGUUAUAUGUCUUUGACACUAUUGAUUGCUGGCAUUGAGACUAAAUUUUAUAUUGAUAUGCAAUAUUUUUUAAUGUAUUUAAUUCAAUUUUGAAACUGCUCAAACUAUUGUUAUUUGAAAUUAUUUGGAACUUGUAUGAGUGCCAUAAAUAUUAUUUAGUCAAUAAUAGAAUUGAUGUAGAAUAUUAUUUAUCCCUAGAAACAUGUAUACCAUUACGGUAGUUAGUGUACAGUUGAAUUUGAUGUUUGAAUGAUCCACAGUUACAUCAAAUGUUUGUCAUCUGAACUGGUACACAGUAUUCAAUAGAUUUUUAUUGGGAUAUGAAUGUUAACAAUCAUGUUAAAAUCACGUGGUACCAUGUACCUGGUACCAGUGAUUUCUGAAUUAUUUCCUGCCUCUUUUGUACAUGUACCUGUACAAAUGUAGGUAUGAAAGUAAAAUUACAUGUAAAUAUCUAGUACUAUUAUGCAAAUUCUAUCAUUUACCCUCCUCCUCUUCUAAACUUUAUUCAAUAUCAUGAAUGUAUUGUUGAAAUGAAUAUGGUAUUUGAUUUUACAUGAAUUAUAACUGUCUUUGAAUUCAAGCCAUUAUUAAUCUCAUCUGUCAUACAAUCCAAAAAUUUAGAUUAUCUUAAUUGUUGUCGUUUUAAAACAAAUUGUUCUUUUCCCAAAUAAGGAAGCAUAUACAUGUAAAGUGUAAGGUAAAAAUGCCAAAUUUAAAUUCAAUGAUUUUAUGAUCGCAUGAAUUCAUCUUAGUUUACCUGUGCAGAUGUUUGUAUGGUUAGAAGAUUUUGAUUGUGAUAAUUUGAUUCCAUAAAAUAAAUCCUCUGGAUUAUA